CCGAGCUGAGAACAUCAUCCGCUUUGAGCGCUUAGGCGCGGUGAUUACAUCCUCACAGGGAAAGAUAGGGAGAAAGUCUUGUUAUUCGCCAGUCUCUCUUUAUAAGUUAUAUUUGUUACUGAAUAGGAGUUUUUGCUUCCUUUAUCUGCUGGUGUGGAAUUUCCUAUUUUGUUUUGUGACUUUUCUGUGAAGAAGGGGCAGUCUGUUCUGUGCAGAGGGAGUGCUGGCUAUGCGUCCUGGCUCCAGCCUGCAAUGUUUGCGCUGACGCCAAAACUCACAGACCGGUGCUGAAUUGAUUAAAACAGAGAAGCUCGGAUCAAAUGGCUGUGCUUCUCACAGCUGAAACGACACAAUGUUCCACUGACCUGAGGCAGAGGAGAGGAAUUUCAAAGUCUUACAGCCUUGUUGCUGUUUUUUUCACUGCCCUUUACGGACAGAGAAAUGGGAAAUACUCGUUUCUUGUGAGAAAAGGGAAUAAAUUUUUUUUUCCGUUUUGAAGUGCACUUGGACAGAGGCAGAGGAGAUGAUUUGGUUAAUAUUCCUGCUCUCCACUCUGGAUGGAGCUGCCUCUCAGCUACGCUACACCGUGCCAGAGGAGCAGGAACCUGGCUCUGUGGUUGGGAAUAUUGCAGAGGAUUUAGGGCUGGACAUUACUAAACUUUCCGCUCGCCACUUUCAGACUGUGCCUAGUUCACGGACACCUUAUCUGGAGGUGAACUUAGAGAACGGUGCGCUCGUGGUGAAGGAAAAAAUUGACCGGGAACAAAUUUGUAAGCAGACCACCCAGUGCCUAUUGCACCUGGAGGUGUUUCUGGAAAACCCACUGGAGCUCUUUCGCGUGGAGAUUGAGGUGAUGGAUAUCAACGACAAUCCACCCAGGUUUCCUGAAACAGACAUUUCCGUGGAAAUCUCGGAGAGCGCUAUUCCCGGCACCCGUUUCCCGGUGGAGAACGCCUUCGACCCUGACGUUGGCACAAACGCGCUCAGUACAUAUGCCAUAACAAAUAACAACUAUUUUUACCUUGACGUGCAGACACAGAGCGACGGGAACAAGUUUGCAGAGCUGGUACUGGAGAAACCGCUGGACAGAGAGCAGCAGGCAGUGCACCGCUAUGUGCUGACGGCUGUGGAUGGGGGCAUCCCACAGCGGACCGGGACGGCUCUCUUGGUCGUUAAAGUUCUGGACUCUAAUGACAACGCGCCCACAUUUGACCAGUCUGUGUACACGGUUAACCUGCGGGAAAACUCUCCCGUGGGCACGCUGGUGAUUCAGCUCAAUGCCACUGAUGUUGACGAGGGACAAAACGGGGAGAUAGUUUAUUCUUUCAGCAGUCAUAACACACCGCGGAUAAAGGAAUUAUUCAAUAUUGAUGCCAGAACGGGUAGAAUAGAGGUAGCGGGUGAGGUGGACUAUGAAGAGAGCGUCACGCACCAGAUCUAUGUCCAGGCUAAAGAUCUGGGCGCUAAUGCGGUCCCCGCGCACUGCAAAGUGCUUGUCAAACUCGUGGACGUGAACGACAACACACCAGAGAUUGGUUUCAGCACUGUGACUGAAUCUGUGAGCGAACAGGAUGCCCCGGGCACCGUGAUCGCACUUUUUAGCGUCUCAGACAGGGACUCUGAUGAGAAUGGACAAAUGAGCUGUGAGAUUUUAGGAGAUGUUCCUUUUAAGCUGAAAUCGUCUUUUAAAAACUACUACACCAUUGUGACAGACGGACCUUUGGACAGAGAGAACACAGAUGCAUAUACCAUAACUGUGGUGGCCAAAGACAAAGGUCAGCCUUCCCUCGCUACCAGCAAGUCAAUUAAAGUGCACGUCUCCGACGAGAAUGACAAUGCGCCCCGUUUUACGCAGGCUGUUUAUGAUGUAUAUGUGACUGAGAAUAACGUGCCCGGUGCUUUCAUUCACGCCGUGAGCGCUUUGGACCCUGAUAUAGGACAGAAUGCUCUUAUUACCUACUCCAUAUUGGAGUGUGACAUACAGGGCAUGUCGGUGGACACGUACGUGUCCAUAAAUCAGGACACUGGCUACCUUUACGCGCUGCGCUCUUUUGAUUACGAGCAGCUGAAGGAGUUUAGCUUCAUGGUCCAAGCUAAGGACUCAGGUGCUCCUGAGCUCUUCUCUAAUGCCACUGUAAAUGUGAUCAUAGUUGACCAGAAUGACAACGCUCCCACUGUCAUAGCCCCUAUCGGCAAAAACGGCACAGCCAAAGAGCACCUGCCACGCUCCGCCGAGCCAGGCUACCUAGUGACACGCAUUGUGGCCAUGGAUGCAGAUGAUGGGGAGAACGCACGGCUGUCAUACAGCAUCCUACGGGGCAACGAGAUGGGAAUGUUCCGCAUGGACUGGAGGACAGGAGAGCUAAGAACAGCCCGCAGGAUAUCUCCCAAGCGGGAUCCACAGGGCUACUAUGACCUGCUGAUCGAAGUAAGGGACCACGGGCAGCCACCUCUCUCCUCCUCUGCAAGUGUGAGUGUAAUUUUAGUGGACAGCGUGAUCGAAGGCCGCAGUGGGGAUCGCGGCUCAGCUUCCAAGGCAAAGGAGACCUCCCUUGACCUCACCCUAAUUCUCAUCAUUGCCUUGGGCUCUGUUUCUUUUAUCUUCCUACUGGCCAUGAUCGUGCUGGCCGUGCGCUGCCAAAAGGACAAGAAGCUCAACAUAUACACGUGCCUGCUCGCUGGUGACUGCUGUCUGUGCUGUGGCUCGUGCUGCAGCAGACAGGCUCGUGGCCGGAAACAGAAAAAGCUAAGUAAAUCCGACAUCAUGCUGGUUCAGAGCACCAAUGUAACGUCAGGAGUCGGGCCCGUAGGGCAGGUGCCCGUAGAGGAGUCUGGUGUGGGCGGCGUAGGAGGGGGGUUCGGCUCCCACCAUCACCAAAACCAGAACUCCUACUGCUACCAGGUGUGUCUAACACCGGAAUCUGCCAAAACGGAUCUGAUGUUUCUUAAACCAUGCAGCCCCUCUCGCAGCACUGACACAGAUCACACCAACCCCUGCGGCGCCUUAGUCACUGGUUACAGUGAUCAACAGCCGGACAUCAUAUCUAACGGCAGCAUUCUCUCUAAUGAGACAAAACACCAACGAGCAGAACUCAGCUAUCUUGUGGACAGGCCCAGACGUGUCAACAGUUCGGCAUUCCAAGAAGCAGAUAUUGUUAGCUCCAAAGACAGCGGUCAUGGUGACAGCGAACAAGGCGACAGUGACCACGAUGCCACAAACCGGGGUCAUUCAGCCGGCACUGACCUGUUCUCCAACUGCACAGAAGAGUGCAAGGCCCUCGGGCAUUCCGACCGCUGCUGGAUGCCGUCCUUUGUGCCGUCAGAUGGACGCCAGGGGCCAGAUUACCGUAGCAAUCUGCACGUCCCCGGCAUGGAUGCCACACUGCCCGACACUGAGGUACCCCCCUCCGUCAACCUCUCCAACCAACUCACCAUGACCUCGUCCACUGCCUCGUCCAACGAUAGGUCAUUCUCCACCUUUGGCAAGGACGGCCAAAGGUCACAGUCACACCACAGCCUUCACCAUCACCUCCAUCAGCAACAGCAGCAGUACAGCUCCAGCACGCUAGAGAGGAAAGAGUAUGAUAGGGGGACCCUACCAUACAAACCCACCUUUCUCUCCCGCAAAAGGAUUUGCUAGCUCAUUCCACGUGGACCUGUCGGAGACAGCGUGAAUUUCUUUACUAGACCACCAACACUGAUGCUAAAGACAGCGAAAUAAAACUAAACAAAUGGCAACCUGGACAACAGCAACCUUGGUUAAACUUCAUUAUCUUGGGUGGCGAACUGUAACAAAGCCUUGGCUGUGGCUGCUGAGGGAGGAAAGGAGAAAUAAAAACUGAGUAGCUGUAAACCUCUAGAUAUCAAAGGAGCAAUCCAAGGCCUUAUUUCUCUCAGCAGGACUGAGACCGGGGCCGAAACUCUUGACCAUGUGAAAAUUAUGUCAUCAGCAGAGAGAGGAAAGGAGCUGAAACAAACAGGAAUACAAAUCAAGUGAGAUGAAGAGGGAAUGAUUAAGUCGCAGAGGUGUUUUUGUUGACUGAAGAGUUAGCCUCUAGAAAUUUGUGUGUGCCUGUUUACAUAAAGAAAAAAAACAAAACGAAACAAAAAAAAAAACAAAACAUGUUUCUGUACAAACUUCAACCAACGUCACACGGAACCCUUUAGCUAUUUCUAUGGUCACCACUAAGCCAGCUGUACAGAGAUUGUGUUGCGGGGAGGAGACAAACUGCCAGAGUGAGAAAGCGAGAGACAAUUAGAGGAGAGAGAGAGAACAGAUGUUGUACAGGUAUGAAA